AUGGACGGCAAGACCAAGUCUCGGUACGAAAACAAAGCAAAGCAUCUCAGGACGGAGCUGAAAGCUUGGGAGAGCGAGUGGGCACACGCACACGCCGGGAGCAAGCCGGGGCGGCAGGACAUCAAGGACAAUCCCGACAUUGCACGUAAAUACAAAGACUACAACAAAAUCCGUGACAUCCUGUCUGGAAAGCAACCACCAUCGGCAAAAUCGGAACCGAAACCCAACAAGCGCCAGCCGGAUCCGAUUCCUACACAGACGCCACGCAAACGGAGCAAGCAUGUCGGGACCCCAUCCAAGCAACAGUCUCACGACCAAGAGUUGAUGAAUACACCCGCUAUAUCGAGAAAGCUGUUCAGCCCGGCACCUGUAACCUCUCUCGGUCCCACUCCCCAGCGAGACGGCCGCGUCCUGGGCCUAUUUGACCUCUUGGUUGAAAAGGAGCUCGGCACGCCAUCAAAGAAGAACACACCCAGGCCGCCCGGCACACCGGGUCGAAGCCGUGCCAACGUCCAAUCUACGCCUAGCAGGCGGACUGGUGCCUGCGACCCCGGAAGCAUCACCGAGCUAGGCACAACGCCCAUGUCCUCAAGUAAAGUAAACGCCUUGAACACGUUUGCGACGCCAAUCAAGGAUCGACGACUCGGCAGUCUAGACGCCAAGACGCCGUCGUCCGUGUCCAAGCUUCAGUUCGAAACGCCCGCUUUCUUAAAGAGGCAUUCCCUGCCUGCCGUCGACGAGAACGCCAUGUUUGCCGACCCAUCGCCACUGCGACUGCCGAGGAAGCCGCUCGUUCGAGGGUUGAGCGAAAUCGUGGCCAGUCUGAGGAAAGUAGAGGAUGAUGCUCUCGACGACGACGACGACAUGGAUGCUCUUCGGGCGGCUGAGAAUGGGAGUGCGGAUAUUCGCGGACCGACGUCUCCAUCGCUGAGCACACGACGAGCUCCUACUCCCGCGGCAGCAUCUGCCGUGGAGGUGGAGGUGGAGGUGGUGCAAGAUGGUCAACGACCAGCAUUGCUGGGUGGCCUCGACGAUGAGAACAUGUACGACAGUCCCGUCGAGGACGGCCUCGAUCAAAGUGGCAACCCCUUACCAGUAUACAAGAAGAAAGGACAAAAGAGAACAACCCGCAAGGUCAACAUCAAACCAACACGGAUAAGGAGGCCGAACAACAUCCCCACGGGCCAAGACGGCGACGGCGAUGGUGCUGGAGAGGACAUGAUUCCAGAAACGCAGCUUGUCGAUGGUCCAGACGCAGAUAUCGGGGACGUCGCAUCAGGCAGUGAUUUUGAAAACGACGAAGCAUUCAAAUCAUCGAAAAGAACAGCAAAGUUGGCCGCGAAUGAGGGGCCCGUUAAAAAAGUAGCAAGGAAGGUGAACGAGCUCGCUCACGCCAAUUUCCAUCGGCUCAAGUUGAGGAAUAACGGGGCCAAGGGAGGGCCAGGUUAUAACAGCAGGUUUCGGCGUCGUCGAUAA